CCCGCAGCCCCCCGCCCCCGGUGGGGGGGGGGGGGUCUCUCCCCUUGUCGGCGCCCCCCUCGGUCCCCGUCCGGAUGGCUUCGCUGCGGAGGGUCAAGGGGCUGCUGGCGCUCAACCUGGUGGCCGUGGCGGGCUUCGUGCUGUUCCUGGCCAAGUGCCGGCCCGGAGCCCCCCGGGCCGAGGCCCAGCCCGACCCCCGCGGCGCCCGGGGCCCCGCCGCCGCCGCCGCCGCCGUCCAGGACGCCGUCCUCAAGCGGCUCUCCCUGCUGGAAGACAUCGUCUACCGGCAGCUCAACGGUUUAUCCAAGUCCCUAGGCCUCAUCGAGGGCUACGGUGGGCGCGGGCGGGGAGGUCUGCCCGCCACGCUGUCCCCAGCCGAGGAGGAGAGAGCCAAGGGCCCCCACGAGAAGUAUGGCUACAACUCGUUCCUCAGUGAGAAGAUUUCUCUGGACCGUGCCAUCCCAGACUAUCGGCCAACCAAGUGCAAAGAGCUGAAAUAUGCCAAGGACCUGCCGCAGAUCUCCAUCAUCUUCAUCUUUGUGAACGAGGCCCUGUCUGUGAUCCUGCGCUCUGUCCACAGUGCCAUCAACCACACGCCCGCCCACCUGCUCAAGGAGAUCAUCCUGGUGGAUGACAACAGUGACGAGGAGGAGCUGAAGGGGCCGCUGGAGGAAUACGUCCACAAGCGCUAUCCCGGGCUGGUCAAGGUCGUGCGGAACCAGAAGCGAGAGGGGCUGAUCCGCGCUCGGAUCGAGGGCUGGAAAGCUGCCAGCGGCCAAGUCACCGGCUUCUUCGACGCCCACGUGGAAUUCACUGCGGGCUGGGCCGAGCCGGUGCUGUCCCGCAUCCAGGAGAACCAGAGGCGGGUGAUCCUACCCUCUAUAGACAACAUCCGGCAGGACAGCUUCGAGGUCCAGCGCUACGAGAACUCGGCCCACGGCUACAGCUGGGAGCUGUGGUGUAUGUACAUCAGCCCCCCCAAGGACUGGUGGGAUGCCGGGGACCCCUCUCUGCCCAUCAGGACUCCAGCCAUGAUUGGCUGUUCUUUCGUGGUCAACCGGAAGUUCUUUGGAGAAGUGGGUCUCCUGGACCCUGGGAUGGAUGUGUACGGAGGGGAGAACAUCGAACUGGGCAUCAAGGUAUGGCUGUGUGGAGGGAGCAUGGAGGUGCUGCCGUGUUCACGCGUGGCUCACAUUGAGCGCCGGAAGAAGCCGUACAACAACAACAUUGGCUUCUACACCAAGAGGAAUGCUCUCCGCGUGGCCGAAGUCUGGAUGGACGACUUCAAGUCCCACGUGUACAUCGCGUGGAACCUGCCCCUCGAGAACCCGGGGAUCGACAUCGGCGAUGUGUCAGAGCGCAGGGCCCUGCGCAAGAGCCUCAAGUGCAAGAGCUUCCAGUGGUACCUGGAUCACGUGUACCCUGAGAUGCGCAGAUACAACAACACCGUGGCCUACGGGGAGCUUCGCAACAACAAGGCGAAAGACGUGUGUCUGGACCAGGGCCCACAGGACAACCAUACAGCCAUCCUGUACCCGUGCCAUGGCUGGGGGCCACAGCUCGCCCGCUACACCCGGGAGGGGCUCCUGCACCUGGGGGCCCUGGGCACCACCACGCUCCUGCCCGACACCCGCUGCCUGGUGGACACGGGAAAAACCCGCUCUCCCCAGCUUCUCGACUGCGACAAGGUCAAGAGCAGCCUGUACAAGCGCUGGCACUUCAUCCAGAACGGAGCCGUCAUGAACAAGGGCACAGGCCGCUGCCUGGAAGUGGAGAGCCGGGGGCUGUCUGGCCUGGACCUGACCCUCCGCAGCUGCACCGGGCAGCGCUGGACCAUCAAAAACUUCAUCAAGUAGUGGAGUGAGGUCCCCGAGCCCAGAACUGGGAUCUGGGGUCUGGGGUCUAAGGAAGUGGGGGUUUUGGGUUCUGGCAGGGUCUUCUCAGGGUUGUGGGCCUGUGGCAGGGGGUCCCUCGGCCCUGCACCUCUACUUCUGGCUCUGGGCCACUGGCCCCUGGCCCGCUGACCCCCUGGCCCCGAAUCGCCGGCCUUGAACCGCCUGCUCUGAAGAAGCAGAUCACAGGCUCCGGGUCGCUGACCCUGGAUUACCGGCUCCAGAUGACUGGCUCUGGAUUACCGGCCCCAAAUCACCAGCUCACGGGCUUCAGGAUGCUGGCCCUGGACCUCCGGCCCCAGGUCACCAAUGCAGAUCGUCGGUUCCAGACCACCAUCUCCAAGUCACCGAUGGGCAACAUGGGGGCCACUGGGUGAGCCCGUCCUGAGUGCGUGGUAGUGCUGCAGACCUUCCACGGGUCUGCAGGGUCAGCCGUGGAGUCAGCCCAUGACCCCUGAGAAGUCUCUUUGGACAAUUUAUCAGGCUGGACCACCCUUCCGCCCCCUCCCACUCCCUAGAACCUAGACCUCCUGGCCAGAGGACCCAAGUCCCCCUCCCAAACCCAUCCCCAAAUGCCGCUCCCACUGCUCCCAACAGUGGCCAGACCUCAGGCGAGAGGCCCGCUCUGCACCGCCCUUCCCUCCUCUUCUUCUCUCCCCCUUCCCCUCUUUACUCCUCUCUCUGUCUCCCUCUCUGCCCCUUCCCUUCCCUUGUUCUGCCCUUUGCAAGGCUGUGGACCCCCACCCCACCCCCUACCAGUCCCUCCCAGUGAGACAGCUGUCCCUACUGCCCCCUGAGCCCCUGCAGACUUUGAACAGCUGGGGCGUGAGCCCAGAGCCUUGGGCCUGCCCUCAGGGAGGAGGAUGGAAAUCUGUAGCCCCCUGGCUCUGCCUGGCCUGGGGCUUGGGGGGCUCUGGGGGAGAAGUGCUGGGAGGAGAGGUGCCAGGGGGAGAGUUGCCAGGGGUGGGGCGCCAGUGUUUCUGCCCAGUGAAGGGGCGCACCUGCCCCACACCGGGGUCACCUGUGGCCAGAGUGUGCAGGCAGGCAGUGAGAUUGGAAUGUGGGGCCCCACCCCUCCUGACUCCAGUUCUGUUUCCCCUCUGUCACAGAAAGGCCCUUAUGCAUCUAGGAGAGAGAGAGUGAGAGAGAGAGUGUGUUUGUGUGUGCGCACACGUGCUCAUGAGGGUCAGGUGUGGCCCUACAGAAUGACUCCACUGUCACCCUCUCCUCCAUGCCCCUAGUAGGUCCUAUGACCCUCUCAUGGGGCAGUGGCUGGGGACACACCUCCAUGUCUUCUCAAUGGCUAGUUCAUCACUGGCCAGUUAUGGCAGUCCCCUAGGUGUCACCACCUUUCUGGACCCAACUCUGCCCCCCGGCCCCAUCUGCCUGUGGGCCCCCAAGCCCGGACCUCCUCAACGGACUGCAGAGCCUCAAGCCGUGCUGGGCCCUGGGAUCUCCCUGCCGUCCCCCUCAGCUCGUGGGGAAUAAAUUUUAGCCUGGGCAACAGGCUGGAGUCCUGUUUUUCUCACUGACACCCCCGAGGCUGUGGAAGGUGAGGAAGGAAGAACAGAGUGGAUAGAAAGAGAGGAUCCAAAUUAGCUGGCUCUGGGAUUGAUUCUGCACCAGUUCUGUGCCGAGCACUGUUCUGCGUGCUGGAGGGAUACAGGAGAAUCAGACACAGAUUCCGUCCUACAUGGGGCUCCUGGCCUAGGACGGAGGGACCUGUUCCAGAGGCGGACACAGGCCCAGAGAGGUUAAGUAGCUUGCUGAAGAUCACACAGCAAAUGGAACUGGGGCCAGAAUCCAGGUCUUUGAGUUCCUGGUUCUGACUCUUCCCAGCCUCCUGCUCCCAUGACCUUCCUUGCCCCAAGGAACCCACCUGCCUGGGUCCUUCCAGGCAUAGCCCCGCCCCCGCCCCCCCACCCCCAACUCCCACCUCAAAUCUUCCUGGCACUGGAUCUGUCUGUGCUGCAGAGGUUGGGGGAGAGCACCCACGGGGCUGGUGGGAGGUCAUGGUGUCCAUGCUGGCCCAGGGGGAAGGGGCACACCCCCGGGGCUGGACCAACCCACUAUCCAACUGGUGGUCUCCCCCCCCCACCUCCCACCUGCUAUCAGGAGGAGGUGGGGGAAUGGAUGAGGUAUUAAGGGGAAUCUCUUCUGAGGUGACUUUUGGGGGCUGGGACCCCUCUCCCUCCCCUAAGCAACACUCCAGAACCCCCUCCCCACCCUCAGCAAAUGUCAGGGGCUCCCCACGGGGGCAGUCCCUCCCUGCCCCCACCCUGUUCUCCAACCAGUCUUCCUUCCCCCUCACUCUGUCUCUGCAAUUCCUUCCCAGUCACCUCCAUCUCUCUCCAUCUCUCUCCAUUUCUCUAACUCUAGCUCCUCCUCCUCUUCCUCUUUUUAUUCUGGAAUUAAUUUAUUAUCUUGUGUUCACCAUGUUUGUGUAUGCUCUGACUCUUUUAUCUAUUGAACAUUUGGCAAUUUGCAACGGCUUGUUUGCUGUGAUACUGUAAACUCCUUGAGGACAAA